AUGGCUGAGCCGAGGAGGACAGUCACGGCGACUGUUGGAGCAACAGGCAGCUGGGGAGGACUGACCAGUGACACACUCAAAGUCUAUAAAACUUCUUACAGAGCGUCAUAUGGGGAGAGGGCGCGAGACACAGGCAGAGUGAACCUCUCUUCACACCUCAGACGUGUCAAUGAGACAGGCUACACAGCAAACCAGAGACCAGCUAUAUAUUACAGGCCCAGUCUGGACCACACCGACAACCCCCAGUUUGGACUGCUGUUAUCUGACAGUUUGAUGUCUCAAACCAAACGGCAUUACCAGCCCCACAUCCGCUCUGAUUGUUCGGGGUCUUUGCCAAACCUCAUUAACAGAUCCAGAGACAGCGGCUUCUGUUAUCUGAGGAGUCACCCAAGAACAGUGGCUGCCGAGGAGAAGACAGAGUACCAAAGACUGUUUGGGCCUCAUCGCCUCACGCCAGCAGUUUCCCAAAACCAUGUGACUAUAGGUCCUAAAGGAGAGACUGGUUUCACUGAGGGGACGGAGCUUCAGCUUAACACCUUUCAGGAGAAAAACAGCAGCAUGGUUGAACCUCCUCAGACUCACAGCUCAGUGAUGAAAAACGACUUCUUGCGACCGUCAUUUCUGCAGGGCACCGAGGCGAUACCGGGCCUGCGCAGCCAUUCUUGUCGAGAAACAGGAUACACUCGAGGUGCCAUCGCUCCCUUGGCCUGCCCAAGCUCCCUUCUGCCAUCACCCCAGACUAAAAGUAAUGCACUGACUGAGAAGACCAUUGGAAAAAAGGAGCCCACAGGGUCUCUUCUAAAUGCUCUGAACAACCAGCCUUUCCCUAAUACACCUUUUGAUUGUUCACACUUCACGACACAUUAUAAAAACAAGUUCUGUCAUGAUGCUGAUUUAGAAAAGCUGAGAUGCGGCCACACCGGUGCAGGAGUCAUCACUGCAAAAAUGCACAACGGCUACAAUCGUCGGGACAUGGACAGGUUCAUCUUUAGGGGCUAAAUCUUCACACACCC